CGUCCAAUUCGUUUUCCUUUAUAACAAUAUAUUCGAACUAUGGAGAUGAGGUUUCUUAAGGAAGACGAGAAGGAAGAGAGACGAAAGAGAAGUAGACUGUCGUCGAAAGGCUCGUCGAGUCGGUUUGGAAGACGCGAGCGACGAAAAGGUGGAGAAAGAGGAGGAGAGGGUGAAACGGCAGCAAAAGAGAAUGCGCGCGUCUUCAAGCGGCGCGAGCUUUCUCGCAGAUUUACAGCACACCCAUGUCGACCUUCGCGAACGCGAGCCUGCGUAGAUUUACGACUCUUAAAUCUAUGCGGUUACUCUCCCGGCGGGACAACCGGAUUUCCUUCGGACGAGGCUCUGAGAAGGAAGCGGCAGAAAAUCGACUCGGGAACCGUGCCAUGGACUUCCGGCCAAAGUGCGAAAAGUUAG